UUGAGCGUAGCAUCUCGUGGUGGCUUUCAUGUGCCUUUUUAGCACGGUUUCUCCGGGUCUCCUGCUUUCUCCUGGCAUCGGUGUCCUGCUGUCGCCUGGCGCAGGAGCGCUGCACGGCUGCGGCUCCGGAGAGGCUGCUCAGCCCAGCGCUCCAGGACCUUCCCCCGGCGCUGGCGUCGCUCGCCUCCCUUUCCUGGGCUUAUCCCACGAGCGCUCUUGGCGUGUGCGGUUCCCAACCGCUGCCCCGCAGGUGUCUGCGCGUUCGUUUCCUUCCUGCGCGCGUUUCCAGGCAGUCGCUGCGAGUCUUGCAGUCUCGCUCGGCUGCCGCGUGACUAUUGCAGCCUUUUACGUGCUCGAGGGACCUCGACGGGGCAAAGAGCUCCCCGCGGGAGCCUGGGUCCGGGCCAGGACGUCCGCGGGCUGCCCAGCGAGGCCGUAAUCAGCGUGCCUGCAGCAGGAGUGGUUAUUUUCAGGCAGCACCAUCCUUUUUUUCCUUGUGUGUGUCUUUAGAUAGUUGAUGGAUCCCAGGUCUUCUAGCAUAGAUGAAAACUUGCAGCGAAGCAAUGUUUUCUCUAGUGGGCUGAGAUUUACUGACUCUAUCUGCAAAGACUCAUAGUAGGCGCUUUGUGCCAGUUGAUUUUGAGUCUUUACUGAUUCAGAGAGUCAAAAUUUGGUGUCUUCUGCUUCCUCCAAAGUCCUUUCAACGCAGGAGUGUUUUUUUCCUCUGUCUUUGAAUCCAGGGAACAAAAUGUUCUUUCUUCAGCUGGUCGCCUUACAAGGCAGAAUCCAAAGCAGUGAUCUUUGGGGUGUACAAACAAGCUAUCCAGCCUGUAACCUCUUGUGAUCUGUGUUUGAUGUCUGUUCUUAAGUAGUCAAGAAAUUAAGAAGAUGCACAUUUAUCACAAACAGCUCACUUAAUGCAUCAGCAGUAUUUCUUUUGGGACAAACUCUAUCAAAGUGGAGAUGUACAGCGAUGAGGAAGCCAGCCGGCUGCUGUCACAGGAUGACCGGAUGCUCGAGAAGGAGGACAGCGUGAUCGUGGAGGACUCGCUCUCGGAGCCGCUGGGCUACUGCGACGGGACGGGACAGGAGCCGCACUCGCCCGGGGGCAUUCGGCUACCCAACGGCAAGCUGAAAUGCGACGUCUGCGGGAUGGUGUGCAUCGGCCCCAACGUGCUCAUGGUGCACAAACGCAGCCACACCGGAGAAAGGCCUUUCCAUUGCAACCAGUGCGGCGCCUCCUUCACCCAGAAGGGAAACCUGCUGCGUCACAUCAAAUUGCACUCCGGCGAGAAGCCCUUCAAAUGCCCCUUCUGCAACUACGCCUGUCGCAGGAGGGACGCGCUCACCGGCCACCUGCGGACGCACUCAGUCUCCUCCCCCACAGUCGGCAAGCCCUACAAGUGCAACUACUGCGGCCGGAGCUACAAGCAGCAGAGCACGCUGGAGGAGCACAAGGAGCGCUGCCACAACUACCUGCAGAGUCUGAACACUGAGCCGCAGUCGCUGGCCAGCCAGCAAGGUGACGAGAUGCGAGACCUGGAGAUAGUGCCGGACUCUCUGCUUCACCCCUCAUCCGAUCGGCCGACGUUUAUUGACCGGCUGGCGAACAGCCUCACCAAACGGAAGCGAUCGACACCUCAGAAAUUCGUGGGGGAGAAGCAGAUGCGAUUCACCCUCUCAGACCUCCCCUUCGACGUGAACUCCGGCUUCGAGAAGGACGUGGAGAUGGUCUCGGCCCACCACCCCCUCGACCCCUCUUACGGCGGCUCCCUGUCGCUGAUGGGAGGAGAACACCUUCGCCCGCUCCGGCUCCCCCCCACAAACUGCAUCUCCGAGGUCACCCCCGUGAUCAGCUCCGUCUACACCCAGAUCCAGCCCCUGCCGGGCCGGCUGGAGAUCCCGGGGAGCCGCGAGGCCGCCGAGGGGCACGAGGACGUUGCGGACGGGGUGCAGGUGGUGUACCGGGGCCGGGAGCAGGGCGUAUCGCCCAGCAACGGCUGCCAGGACUCCACGGACACGGAGAGCAACCACGAGGAGCGGACCUCGCAGCUGCCGGCGGCCAACUGCGCCAGCAGCCGCCAGAGCCCGGCCUACGCCAAAGAGGACGCCAAGCUGCAGGAGGGCCCCCCGGCCGCCCGCUCCACGCCCAGCUCAGCCAAAGACGCCCUGCGCGUGGUCAACGAGGACGGGGAGCAGAUCCGGGCCUUCAAGUGCGAGCACUGCCGCAUCCUUUUCCUGGACCACGUCAUGUUCACCAUCCACAUGGGCUGCCACGGCUUCAGAGACCCUUUCGAGUGCAACAUCUGUGGCUACCACAGCCAGGACCGGUACGAGUUCUCCUCCCACAUAGUGCGGGGCGAGCAUAAAGUCGGCUAAACCCCCCCUCCUCCCCCGUCCCCCCACCUGCCCUCGACUCUUCCUCUGUCUCUAGCUCAGCCCCUCCACCCCCAGGGCAUGGAACUGUUGUUUUUUCUUUUAUACUCCUUUGCACUGACUUUGGCUACAAAAAUAUUUAAAAAAAAAUCAAUAACUAAAAAAAACCAACCCCUCCCGAAGAGGGGGAGCUCUUAACAAUUUGCCUUUUUAUAAAUGGAGUUAUUUAAAUAUUAACAGACUUUUUUGUGCUUUCUCCCCCUCUCUCACCUCCCUCCGUUAUUUAUUAAGCUUUUCAGUUUCUCUUUUUAUAACUCUUUUUUUCCCAAAGUCUCGCUUGAAUUUUUGAGACCGGUCCUGCUCUGUCCCGCCCCGGUGCCGAGGGGACUCUUCGCCGUGCAGAGCAGGGCUGGAGGUUUGAGCUCUUCUCUCGGCGCGAUCCCGGCAUCACCCGUCCCCGCUCGCGGGCGAAGCCAACCUCAGAUUAGGUGCUAAAACCCGCAGAACGGCCCUUCCCCUGGGCCGCGAGCCAGCUUCGCCCGGCGGGCGCCUGGGGGCCGUUGCGCCUGAGCUUUGACGAGUUUCUCUGUGGCAUUAAAUGCGCGGGAGGUAAAGCGGGGCCCGUGCUUCUCCGCGGUGCGGCUCUCGAGCGUGCGGGACGGCGAGGCAAAGCCCGCGAGGGCGACCGGCAGAGCCGCUUCGUUGGCCAACUUGAAUUUUGCCCGGCCUCGUGGUAUUUAAGGGCCCCUCGAGCCGGGCCCUGCUUGGACGGGUGAGGCGGUGGCCGCGGAGGUCGCGAGCAUCUGCCUGGAUCCAACCGGGCGCAGGAAGCUUGGGAAGAUGGUGAGCGUCGUUGGGGCUCGAUCCUGCCGUCCGGGGUUUCCUCCUCUUCCUCGGCGCAGCCCGCGGCGAGCGGAGGCUGCCGCCUCGCUUUGCAUCUCUCGGCCGGGACGAACCCGGCGUCCCUCUCCGCACCCCGGCUGGGCUCCGGCCGCGGCACCGGCGAGCUGCCGGAGGGCAGAGCCUCGGAGCAGCAGCUCGGCACGAAACGGGCCGUUGCCGGCCGCGAGUCCCGAGGGGGCCAAAGCCCGUCGCCUUCUCCGCGCGGCCGUGCACGAGCUGCUUCCCCCGGCGCUCUUGGUCCUUGGACAAUUCGCAGCCUGAUUUUUUCGCUGUUUCGUAGUUCACGCCCUGCUGUUUUUGCACGGAGGAGUCCGGGCGAUGGCGAAAGCCCUGCCGGCUGCACCGCUUCCCCUUCGGCCCCGCCGGCGGGACGCGGGUCCGGGCUCCAGCGCUCGCGGCGGGAGCUGGUGUCACCCGCUGCAUCCAGCUGCCUCCUGCUAGGUGCAUCCUGCCCCGUCGCGUGCCGGGGGCGGAUUGCCGGGAGCCGGCUUGGUCACCGGAGCGGGACGCCUCGGGAAGGGGCUCGCGGGCGCCGGGGGCUUUCGGGGCAGCGCGGGUGCAUCCCCGGCGGGAGCCCUCGGGAAAGGGCUUUUGCGGCGCCUGCAGACCGAGCCGGGGAGGCUGUCGAUAACCAAAAAUUACAUAAAUAAACCCAAGUGCGAGCGGGGCUUUGAGCCGCGUCCUCGGCGCUCAUCCCCGCUGCGGCUGCCACCGGCCCCACGGCUCAGGGUGGAGGGGACCGCGGCGUGGGGAGCGCGGGGCGCGGGAUCUCUGCUUCGUCCCAAGGCCCAAGAUGCAUAAAAAGUCACUCAGUAGCAGCUCACCAGACUGCUCUCUUGAGGUUGAAACCAAAGGCUGUUCUUUUUUCUAUGAAAACAAACAAAACCACCUCACGAGUCGGCAACUCUCGUUGCUCUUAAUUUUUCUUUCCUUUUCUUUCUUGCUUUUCUGUUGGCGGUGUUUGUGUAUCGAGAUGUGAAUUGCGGAGCCGUGUCUCAGCGCAAGCUGUCGGGUCUGAUGCGGGGUUGCUCGGCAGUGGGGCCGUUCCCCAGCCGUUCCCGUCCCCCCCCCAGCCCAGCGCCCCACGGCGCGGGAGCCCUCGUCCCGCUGCCCCAGGGAGCAAAGCUCUGCUCCCUGCCGAAGACCGGGGGGAGCUGCCGAAAUUAAGGUGAAAACAUUUGGGGGAUUCAUUUUCCCCAGCGCAUGGAGGUCCCGGUCUGGGACUGGGAGUCCGGGCGGGAUUUGGGGGAUUUGGGCCGGCUCGGGGAGCGUCCGCGGCUCCCGGGACAGUGCAGAGCCGGGGAGGAGCGGCCGAGGGCCGGCGCGGAUGUGACCGGGGCGUCCGACCGCCCGGAGCUCCUCCGCCCGGGGUGAAAUCCUGCUUGUUUUCCGUAACGAAGCAAUAAAAGUCAGAGUGGAUGUGCGACGUCUCCGGGCGCGCUGGGGCGGUGCCAAGCCGGCGGGUUGGACUGUGCCCUGUUCCCGGCUCGUUCCCACCCGGAAAGGUUGCUUUUUUCGCGGGAGGGAGAUUUUCGCGUGCGGUUGCGGGGUGGAAAGUGCGGUUUGUGCAGGCGAGCCGGGCUGUGCCGUGCCAGGCGCUCUCCAGCCAGGAUGGGGCCGGGAAAGCCGCCCUGCUCCCCCUGCCCGCUUUUCCGACCCGCGUUGCGCUCCCGCUCCCUCCCCGGCCGCGCACGCGGUGCCGCUCGGCUCAUCCCUCCCCGACUGUUAUUCCCAAAAACGUGUGAAGCCGGAGCAAAGACCCGCGAUUCACGGCGAAGCCCCGCGGCGCCCCCCGCCUCCCCCCGCCAGCCCCCGUGUCCAAGCCGGAACAAACACAGCAAUCAAAAGGGUUUUUUUUAAAAAAAAAGGAAAAAGAAAUGGAAGUUCUGAAAUUUAUAAACAGUUUUUUUCCUGUAUCUCUCUUUUCUUUUACCUGUAAAAGAGUCUAAAACAAAUGUAGGAAUUUUGUAAAACUCCAGGUCGCUUUACUUGUGUAAAUAUAUAUAUUUUUUAAUCAGAUGUAUGAAGAACAAAACAAUGAUGUGCAAUACCCCGACCCCGUUCCAGUUACGACCUCUCCCUCCUUUCUAACGAGUUUUCAUUUGUAUAUCGUUAAUGGAUUUGCUGUUGUCUUUGUUUUUUCCUUUUUUUGUGAGGUUAGACUCGCUUUUGAGAGAGAAAAACAGAAAAAAAACAAAACCCAACUCUUACCGCAAAAGCUUUUUGUAUCUGUAAUAUAUUGUAAGUAAAUAUUUGUGUAAUGGAGAUAUACUACUGUAAGUUUUGUACUGUACUGGCUGAAGGUCUGUUAUAAAUAAACAUGAGUAAUUUAA